GUAGUCUUUCAGGCUGUAGUUUUCGUCCUUUCUGAACGGUUCCAAACGUUUAAUAACAAAUUUUGUCCUCAAAAACUGUGAUGCCAAAUGUCGUCCAAAUGGAAUAAAGUGCGUCUUUAGUGGUUUUUACAAUACAGUAAUUUUUUAAGUUACCUUCUUUCUCAAUUUUUAUCGGUAAAUUUAACAAAGAAUAGAAGUAUCUAACCUGAAGACGGGCGACCAGGGCUUCUUGUUUGCUGUUUUUGUUAUUCGUCUCUUCUGGCUUGGUGGUUUUUCUUUUUUCUUCCGAGACUAUAGAUUUGGGAGUUUGAAGUGGUUUAUUUAUCUGAAGUAUGGCAGCCAAGAAAUCUUUUAAUGUUAACGGGAUGGAACUGGAAUUCGAGGAACCGCAGCUCCAGUUUGACGAUGAUGAACUGCAACUACAAGAGGCAGUCUUGGAUGAGUACGCUGAUUUCCACGAGCUGGACGAUUCCGAGCCGUCUGUGUCAGCCGUGCAGUUCGAUGAGGAUUUCGAAGAAGAGCUCGGAGCACCCGUCGCCGACUUCAGUGUGCUGACGAAAUUUGGUGACAUUCCGAAAUUGGGUAUUGUGGAUGUGUCCGGUGAUGAUAAAUUUGGCCGGAAAAUUAUUAGCAUCAGCGCAUGCAAAUUGCCGUCUAACAAAUCAUACGAUCAUCAUUUACUUCUCGAAUACAUUUGCCACAUGCUCGAUCGCUACGUCCAAAGUGAUUAUGUGCUUGUUUAUUUUCACUACGGGCUGAACAGUGAGAAUAAACUGCCGGUUGGCUGGUUAAUUCAGGCAUAUAAAUUGCUGGACCGGAAAUAUAAGAAGAACCUGAAAAAUCUCUAUCUGGUCCAUCCGACGAAUUUUAUUAAAAUUAUGUACUCCUGCAUGAAAGUGUUUAUAAGCUACAAAUUCGGUCGGAAGAUGAUCUACGUGCAGACUCUGGAUGAGUUGAAGCAGUAUCUGGAUAUUUCACAGAUCAAUAUUCCCGAGCCUGUCCUUAGGCAUGAUGAGACUGUACGAAAAACCAUUAAGCAAAGUUCGUCUAUGCCGCGAUUACCAAAUGUCGCGACUUUACCAACUCAACAGUUCGGUGUUUCGCUGAGUUUCAUUAAGGAGCACAGCGGUUGCGUGAUCCCGCCGAUUGUCACGUCGUUGAUUGAGUAUCUGAAGUUGAGUGGGAUGGAAGUGGAACAUGUCUUUCGGCGUUCUGCAAGUAUUGUGGCUGUAAAAGACGUCCAGGCAACUGUGAACCGGGGUGAUGACGUGGAUUUCAGUGCCCUCUGCGAUGUCCACCUGGCAGCCGUUUUGUUGAAAGCUUUCCUCCGUGAACUACCUGAACCGCUAUUGACAUAUUCGCUGUAUGAUAAGGUUUUAGGAAUUCAAGGCAUUGCCGCAGCUGGCCGGGCCGACGUGGUGAAGUUAAUAUUGAACGAUCAGUUGCCUGACGAUAAUUACGCUGUUCUGCGGUAUAUCAUGGAAUUUUUGCAUCAAGUGUCGCUGCGGUCGGAAACUAAUCACAUGACGGCUUCCAAUCUAGCCAUUGUAUUCGGCCCCAAUCUUAUAUGGCCCAAAGAUGAACAGGUCUCCUUGGCGUCACUGGCGCCGAUCAAUACCUUUACUCAAGUGCUGAUUGAAAACGCACCCAAUGUUUUUAGUUCGGCAGCUUGAUGCAUGUAUUCCCAAUGUGUUUAUGGCUCACAUACAGUUUUGCAGUCGCCAUUUGUACAUACAUGAUUUUUCUUUUCUGUCAUUCUUUUGUGCGCUGCAGUACCAGAGCAGCAUCCACUAGCCGGUGUAGAAUGUGCGGUGCGGGACAGCUUGCCAGUUGCAACUUUAUUCGAAAGAUCUCUUAACUGUUCAACCUGAUACAGUACAUUCUGUUGUACGACGAUAAACGAUUGUUAUAUCAGUUCUAUACACCUUUGCGUUUUAUAUAAUUGUCGAUAUGUUUUUACUGGAUUUAAAUGUUUGUUUAAAAAGUUGGUUUUGCUGUCUUGUGAUGGGUUGGAAUCACUCUGCGUCUGAAAAUAAAUGAAAACACCA